AAGGCAGCUGAAGCCACAAGAGGGCAGUGACUCCAGGCUGUGCAUCAUUUGGAAAUCAGGUGCCAAAGGCCACACAAGGGAUAACUUCCAGCUCAGCUGCAGGAGUGGCUCUACCUUUUUCUGGAACCCUGAAACGAAACCUACCUCCUCUCUGCACCCAAAGGUGCCAUGGCUGCCGCAAAGUCAGGUGCUCGCCCGCGACGCCAGGAGGUCUGUGCAAGCUGCCAGGGGCCUUUUAAAAUCCCAGUGACCAUGAAAGGCUGUGCACAUACAUUCUGCCGUUUUUGUGCAACCUAUUUCCAGCGGGAGUCAGGUCCAAACUUCUGUCCCCUGUGCAGCAAGGACACACAGCACCAGGAGCCCACGCUGACACAGCAGGUGGAUGGUGCGGCAGAGGAAGCCCUAAAAACAAGCCCGCAAACCAAAGAGCCCAAGGUAAAGAGAGUAUGUGGAGAGCACCAGGAGGCUCUGGACCUGUUUUGUGAGGAGGAUGAAGUCCCCAUCUGCAUGACCUGCCGGGAGUCUGAGGUGCACCAGGCCCACAAUGUGGUUCCCAUUGAGGAGGCUGCCCUGGAGUACAAGAGGAAGCUGCAGAGUGCUGUAAGUCUCUUACAAGAGAAAGCUGAGAAGGUUCAGGAGCUGAAACACCAGGAGGGGAAAAAGAUAGCAGACUGGAAGUGUAAAACACAUACCCAGAGAAUGAAACUUGAGACAGAAUUUGAGAAGCUCUACUGUUUCCUGAGUAUGGAAGAGGAUCUCCUUCAUCAGAGACUGAGGCAGGAGGAGAAGAAGACACUGAAGAAGCUGCAUGGGAAUCUAAUUAAGCUCUCUGAGCAGAGAGACUCCCUACUGGAACAGAUCAGCAAAGCAGAGGAGAAAUGCCAGCAACCAGCUGCCGAGCUCCUGAAGGAUGUGAAAAACAUAUUGACCAGGAGUGAAAAUAUUCAUGUGCAGAAACCAGAAGUUGUUUUAACAGAACUGAAGAACUUUUACAACAUUCCUAAUGUUGAUAUUAUUGACAUUUUAAAGAAAUUCAAAGUGGACAUGACUCUCGACCCAGACACCGCUCACCCUACCCUUGUGCUGUCUGAGGAUGGAAGAAGUGUGAGACAUGGAGGCAUAUGGCAGGAGCUGCCUGGCAAUCUGGAAAGAUUCGAUCCUUACAUCUUGGUGCUGGGUUCAAAGAGGUUCACUUCUGGGAAGCACUACUGGGAGGUGGAGUUGGGAGAUAAGCCUGAAUGGGAUGUGGGAGUGUGCAAGGAGUCUGUGAGCAGGAAGGGACAUAUCAUAUUAUCCCCUUUCUCUGGAUUCUGGAGAGUUUGGCUGAGGAAUGGAGAUCAGUACAAGGCCUUGCUCUCCUGCCCAACCACUCUCACUGUGAAAGUGAAGCCCAGCAAGGUGGGGAUUUUCCUGGAUUACAAGGCAGGUGAGGUGUCAUUUUAUAAUGCAACUGACAGGACCCAUCUCUAUACUUAUAGUGGGGUCUUCUGUGGGGUGCUGCGGCCUUUCUUCAGCCCUGGCCUCAGCCAGGAAGGUAAAAAUUCAGCUCCUCUCAUAAUCUGCCCAGCUACAAAGCAGGAAUAAAAACAGUUUCUAUACUACAGGAAUCAAAGACAAGGUGUGCCAAGUAAAGGACUUCUACCCCCCACCCCUUCUUCCAGCAGUCUAGGGGUGCUCGGAAUGAUGCUUGGGAAACAGGGAACAUCAUGUUGGAAUAUUUUCAAUGUUCUUGGUUUUACGACACGAAUGAAUAAAGUACAUUUAAGGGGACUAUCAUUGCACCCUUCAUUGGUGCACCCAAGCUAGCUUUUCAGUGAAGCUGGAGGUUUCCAUAAAUUGUUCCAGAGGAAAAAAAUAUCUCCCACUAAAUUUCAGUGGCUGCUGUGUGGAUAAAUACCCUGCUCUACUUUGAAAAAAAUUCAGCUGUUAUUUUCUUGGCCACAAAAGCUGUUAAGCAUAGCACUCAAUUUAUAGAAUGACAGCUUUCUCAUUAAGUCUGAUCCAAAGCCCAGGGAUGUCAACAGAUAUAUUCCAGUUGUCUUCAACUCCCAUUAACAUGACUAGAGCUUGGAAUAACCCCUCCACACUUGUUAAGCAAGCACUAGGUGCACAGCUUUUGUUUCUACACAUUUUCUAGAUAUUUACAGCUCUGAGUUGGCAGUAGACAAAGUAG